CAAAAAUCGAGGAAGCUUCUGCCGCAGUCGCUGAAGCCCAGACGAACGCAGAUGCAGCGAGUCAGGCUGUAGAAGACUUUCAUUUGCGACAGCAGAAGCAAGCGAGUAAAGGAAUCCGGCGAAAAUGCUAUAUUGUCUUACGGUGUGAGGAUUAGAUUUAGAGUGACUUACUAAAAGUAUAAAAGUGAAAAUUUAAUGUUAAUGUUUUUGGUUUGAUCUCUAUGCCUCAGCCUCUAAUGUCCGUCCUCUCCGACUUUUAUCCGAACGACGUUGCAACGACUUCCUCUUUCAUGCAGAACGUCGUAUUACCUGCUCUGCAUCUUGGCGGCGCAGACGGACCUAGUGACGAAAUCCGACGUGUGGCAAUGCCGCUCGGCCAAGACUCAGAACUAGAGUCAAACCAGCGUCGCCGUAUGUGCUCCGUCGCAGUGUCGGAAUUAGGUAGUGUGGACACGACAGCGGCAAUAUCAAAGCAAUUUGCAGCUGGAGUGUUGGGUACAAUCGUUGGCGGCGGAGGUGGAGGAGCUGGCACACUCAGUCGCACAAACCUUGUAGGAACAACCGCAACGAACCCCCAAGUACAUUUCGAAACAGGUGGUCUACGUCUAGUACAGGAAGACAGCACGAUGCGAAGCGACGACGGUGCGCGCAGCGACACUAAGACUCAC